AUGUCUGCACCGCAUUUAAACGGCACAAGUACUGAAAUCAGCGCCGACAUAAUCAUUGUCGGGACUGGGUUCAGUGGAUGCUAUGCUCUCCACAAACUACGACUGAUGGGAUACACGGCCAAGAUCCUCGAGGCAUCCACGGGCUUUGGCGGGGUCUGGAGAAUCAACCGCUACCCAGGAGCGAGGGUUGAUAGCGAAACGCCUUCAUACCAAUUGCGCCUGCCGGAAGUCUGGCAGGAUUUCAACUUCUCGGAGCGCUAUCCCGGCCAUGCUGAGCUCCGGAGAUAUUUUGACCACAUGGGCAAGGUGCUUGACCUGCGGAAAGACACGUAUUUCAACGCUAGGGUCGAGGAAGCCAAAUACGACCCGGAGAAGAACUCCUGGAGCUUCAAGGCUCAUGGACUGACGGCUACAUCUACGUAUGCAGUGUUUGCUGUGGGAUCGUCUUGUGACCCAUACAUUCCGGACUGGCCGGGAAAGUCCAGCUACAAAGGCCAGAUGAUCCAUCCGGCUUCCUGGCCCGAAGACUUCGACGCGCGAGGCAAGAAGAUUGGUGUUAUCGGACAAGGAGCGUCUGGACUGCAAAUUGUACAGGAACUGGCCAAGGAAGACUGCGAACUUUCCGUCUUCAUCCGUACCCCAUCAACGGGGUUUCCCAUGAACCAAAAGGCCAUAUCUAUCGCCGAUUCUGACAAUCUGAAAAGCUACUACGGCGCGAUUCUUGGGUUCGCAAAGCACAACACAGAGACUGGGUAUCCUUACAAUCAGAAUCAAGCUAGUUGGACAGAUGCGACGGAGGAGGAGCGCCAACGGCUUUACGAAUGGCUUUGGCAGCGAGGCGGGUUCGUCUACCUAGCUUGUAAUUUCCGCGAUACGCUGGUGAACAAGGCGGCAAAUGCCAGUGUAUACGACUUUUGGGCGAAAAAGGUAAGACAGAGAAUCAAAGAUCCAGUCAAAAGAGAGAUUCUGGCCCCGGAGAAACAGGAGUACUGGAUCGGUGCAAAGCGACCCAGUCUGGAGCAAGACUACUACGAAUCCGUCGACCGGCCCAAUGUCACCUUGUGUGAUCUUAAGAAGACACCCAUCCAAGAGUUCACCGCUCAGGGUAUUGUGACGGGAAGAGAAGGUGCUAGUAAGCUCUGGGAGCUGGACGUGGUGGUUGUAGCAACCGGCUACGACAACCUUACGGGUAGCCUGUUCAAGAUGAACAUCCAUAGCAAAGACGGCGUCAAACUUCAAGACAAAUGGAAGAAUGGAAUCAGCACACACCUAGGCAUGACGGUGCCCGGGUUCCCCAAUGCAUUCCUCCUGUAUGCACCACAGGCACCCAGCUCGCUUGCUAAUGGACCGCCCUUUGUCGAGUUGCAGGUGGACUGGCUGACACAGCUUUUGGAAAAGCUUCGCAGUGAAAAAAUCGAGUUGAUUGAAGCGUCGGAGAAAGCUGCGGAAGUCUGGAAGGAACUUGUUUGGACCCAUUACGGAAGAACACUGUCUACCGAGACGGAUUCCUGGUGGGUGGGAGCAAACAUUCCAGGCAAGAAGCGUGAGCCAUUAGUUUGGUUCGGGGGCAUCCAGUCGUGGUGGGCCGAAUGCCAAAGCGCGCUACAAGGAUGGGAAAAUUCAGGAUUUGUAGUUAGGAAAAGCUAA